CUCCCUCAUGUGAGCGUCUGUCCCCGGGAGCCUGUCACUCAUCAACCCGCCUCAGACCCUCCGGUUCCCCGCCUCAGACCCUCCGGUGCCCCGCUCCCUCCGCCCCGGACCCCGGUGCCCUGCCCCGGCCUCACACCUCCACCAUGUCCCGCCGGCCGCUGCUGCUCCUGCUGCGGAGCCUCGCCGCGGUGAGACCGGGCUCGUUACCCGGAGCUGCGACCCUCAGAGCCGGCUUCACUCAGCACAGAGCCCGGUCCUCGAGCACCAGAGCCGGCUUCCUCCAGGGAGGCUGCCCGCUGCUGUCCGCGGUGAAGAGCUCUCAGCUCGGCCUCUGCACCAAGGCUGGACCCCCGUUAGAGGACGAGUACCCCCCCCGUGAGGACGAGUACCCCCCCCUCCCGGCCUACCAGAGCGUCCCGGAGCCAGAGAAGAAGGAGGUGUUCAUCGUGCAGGUGAAGGGAGUACCCUGGGCGUGUACAGCUCAGGACCUCCUGCACUUCUUCUCUGACUGCCGGAUCCGGGACGGGCUGAAGGGGAUCCACCUCACCCUGGACAAGCUGGGGAGGUCGUCGGGUCGAGCCUUCAUCGAGCUGGAGCACGAGGAGGACGUGAACAAAGCGCUGGAGAAGCACCGGCAGUACAUGGGCCCGCGAUACGUGGAAGUGUCCGAGGUGACGAACAGCGACGCUGAGGCGAUCCUGAACAAGGCCGUGACGGCUCCGGCUGAGAGCUGGGUGGUGAAGCUGAGGGGUCUCCCCUUCUCCUGCUGCCAGGACGACAUCGCCCACUUCUUCUCAGGUUUGGAUAUUGCGCAGAACGGCGUCACGGUCGUCACGGACCACAGAGGAAGAAACUCCGGCGAGGCCUUUGUGCAGUUCGUCUCUCAGGAAGCAGCAGACGGCGCUCUGAAGAGAGACAGAGACAGCAUCGGAAACAGAUACAUCGAGGUGUUUCCCAGCUCGACUGAGGAGAUCCACUCCAGCUGGAGGAAGAAGAAGGGGAUGAGUCCUCCGGGCGGCGUUCAGCCGGGGAACAGGAACGCCUCCUCCGCACAGACCAACCACAGAACAGGUUCUCCACCGAGCUCCACGGCGCCGCUUCACUACAUCCACAUGCGAGGUCUUCCCUACCAGGCGUCCGGAGAAGACAUCGUGAAGUUCUUCUCUCCUCUCGCCGUCUCCAGGAUCCUGAUCGAGUGCGGCGCCGACGGCCGGCGGAGCGGCGAGGCCGGCGUUUACUUCACGAGUCACCAGGACGCCGCCGCCGCCCUGACCAGGAACAGACAGUACAUAGGGGAAAGAUACGUUGAGUUGUUCAUGAACUCUGCAUCAGAUUCUAACGGGAGAUGAACGAUGACGACAACAAACAUCUUAAUUUCCCUACACAACCCACGAUUGUUGCAUUUAAUUUCCAGCCUGAACUAAAACAAUAAACAAACCUGAUGUCAAAGAAUCAAA